AUGGCGCCCGGGCCGGCUUUCCUCGCGAACGAGUUCGACGUUCUCUUCGAGGUGACCGACCCCGCGAGUCCAUCCCCGGUGGACCGCCCGAAACCCCAUUCCUUCACCCCCGAGUCGUGUCGCCAUCCGUAUUCGUCGCCGGCGCAAACUCCGCAGUUCAAGCGCCCUGACCCCGCCCGACGUCGCCAUCCAACGUCGCAGUCCACGAAGAAGACGCUCGCGCCGGUUCGCGAACUCCUGGGCACGAUCCUCCCGAGCGACGGCGCGCACUACUGGAUCCUGCUCGUCACCCUGCUCGUGUGCCCGGCGCUCAUCCUGUACGGACACCACCUCGAGACUCGCGAGCGGCGAGGCAAGGGGGGCGUGGCAAAACCAGGGAGCCUUCGACGAACGAUGAGACAGGCCGAGGCGGAGAUGAAGGCGAAGAAGCGCGAUUAG